AUGUCAGCAAAAUUCCUCAUCUUCGGCGGGGGCAGUAUUGGCGCAGUCGUCGCGUACCUCCUAGUGCAAUCGAUUCCUUCAUCUGACAUUGUUGUCGUAUGUCGCUCCAACUACGAGGCUGUCUCAGAGCAUGGUUUCACAAUCAACUCAACGAUUUGGGGCUCAAACUUGCAUGUGCAGCCAACUGUGGUUCAAUCGGCGGCAGAAGCUGCUCAGCAUGCCCCGAAAGGUUUCGAUUAUGCGUGCAUUACGACCAAGGCAGUUGGCGAGGAUGACACCCGGCAAGCAGAGCUCUUAAAACCAGUCAUCGGUGCAAAAACAACAAUUGUUCUAUUGCAGAACGUAAUUGGAAUCGAAGCCCCCUACAGGGCGUUAUUUAGUCAAAACGCAAUCGCCAGUGCCGUUCUCUACACUCCUUGCACACGGACUGCACCGGGGAUAUACUCACACACCCUUCUCACCCAAAUGCAUCAUAAGGCUUCUACAGCGCGUCUAGUCGAGCUGCUCAACAAUGGCGGCGCAUCCGCUACUCAUGACGACGACGUGCAGAUUGCUCGGUGGAAAAAGCUACUCAUUAACGGUUCUGAGAAUCCGAUUUGUGCGUUGUCUCGCCUGCGAGAUGCACAGUUCUUUCGCACGGAUCCAGGCGCUGAGAGUUUCAUGCGAGAUGUCAUGAUGGAGCUGGCGCAGAUUGCGCGUAAGCUGGGCUACACUUGCAUUGAUGAAGGUGUUGUGGAUCAUCAGCUGAGACUGCUCACUUCGCGCGAACUGCCGGGGGUUGCACCUAGUAUGAUGACAGAUGCAUUGGCUGGGCAGUCUAUGGAAGUGGAGUGUAUUGUUGGAAAUGCAAUGCGGAUGGCACAUAGGAUGAAUGUGUGCGUACCGAGGAUGGAAGCAUUGUACUAUCUGACAAAGGCUUUGAACACUAGCUUCGUGCAGAAUAGAUAG